GCAAGACAGACGCGUGCCUUUAACUCCAACACAAACUAUCUGCAGGACUUUGCCGCCGUGCAAGCCUUCAAACACAUUGUUUCAUCUCCCAGCCAUAAUAAGGUUAUCAACAAUGUGCACUGCCAUGGAGACUCUGUACUCCGACAUGGAUAACUCCAGCUGUGACUACUCGUUUACGCACACGGAUGAUGAGGACUCGCGCAGCAGCAGCCACACCGCGUCCCCCGCGUCCUCCUGUGGAAAGCCACCUGCGUCUCCAGCUGACAGCCUGCAGGAGACCACCGCUGAGCUCCAGCAAAAAAAGAGGCGCAGGGGACGUGCGAGGAAGCAAGGCACCGUGCACGUCGUGAAGAAAACCCGCCGUCUCAAAGCAAACGACCGCGAGAGGAACAGGAUGCACAACCUCAACGACGCCUUGGAUUCUCUGAGAAGCGUGCUCCCUGCCUUUCCCGACGACACAAAGCUCACCAAAAUCGAGACCCUGCGCUUUGCCCACAACUACAUCUGGGCACUUUCCGAGACCAUCCGGAUCGCAGACCAGCGGCAAAGCACGAAGUCAAGAGACGCACCGCUGCUGCUCCCGGGACUAAGCUGCAUUGGAGAGGCACCAAGCCCGAGAGGCAACUCUUGCUCUUGGGCAUCCAGUGCCUCUUCGGCUUCAUCUCCGUCUUAUUGCACCUCAGACCCCGACAGCCCUGCAGCCAUUGACGAUUUCGGAUAUUUGCAGACUGAUGUAGUUUACAGAUACCACAACUUCGUGCCUAGCAUCUUUUAAACCGAUAGACUCAUUCCCGUGUCUGUACUGUAGCUGCAGAAGUAUAUAGUGUAAUAACAGAGGAUGUUUCUCUUACUUUUUCAUUAGAACCAAGAAACACAGAGACAACAUUAGGUAUUCACUGUUUGCCUUAACGACUGUUACAGUUCACAAAUGAGAAUGUUGUUUUAUUUUUGUACGUUUUGUAUCGUUGAUAUCAAUGUCUUUGCACUUUCCCAGCGCGUUGCAUUCCUUGGAGUACCUAUGACCUUAACCCCAGUUAGAGAAAAUUAUCAUUUAAACGAAGACAGAUUUGCCUUUGCAGUCCAAGGUGAAAAGUCAAUAUUACAAUUUGUAGAGCGAUAAUGCAGAAAAACGAGCGUGAAAAUUCAGUUUCAACGCUGGGACAAUAGACUGAAAAGCCAUCACGAGACAAAGAUCUGGCCUUAUGCAUUAUGUAUUUUGACCCGAAGAAACUCCUCUGUCUGGCUUAUUAAGAGUACAGUCAACUAGCUGUCAUAACUUUUUUUUUUACUUUUAUUUAUUCAAC